AUGAGCAAAGCGGCCGGAUCAACAAGUGGCUGUUUAGACAUGUUGAAUGUGAAAUCCAGUCGGAUUCUGGACAUUCCGUGCAAGGUGUGCGGCGACAGGAGCUCCGGGAAACACUACGGGGUUUAUGCCUGCGACGGCUGUUCGGGCUUCUUCAAGAGGAGCAUCCGGAGGAACAGGACGUACGUGUGUAAAUCGGGCAACCAGGGGGGGUGUCCCGUGGACAAAACGCACAGGAAUCAGUGCCGGGCGUGUCGACUGAAAAAAUGUCUCGAAGUGAACAUGAACAAAGACGCCGUGCAGCACGAGCGCGGCCCUCGGACCUCCACCAUCCGCAAGCAGGUGGCGCUCUACUUCCGGGGUCACAAGGAGGCGAACGGCUCCGCCGCCCCGUUCCCGGCCUCGUCCAUCCCGGGUCCGCCCUUCUUCACCGCCGUCACGCAGCUGGAGCCGCACGGCCUCGAGCUGAGCGCCGUCACGAGCGCGGUCACGAGCACGCCGGAGCGCCAGGCCGUCGUGAGCCUCGCGCAGCCCACGCCCAAGUACCCCCACGAGGUGAGCGGGACCCCCAUGUACCUGUACGAGGUGGCGACCGAGUCCGUGUGCGAGUCGGCCGCUCGCCUUCUCUUCAUGAGCAUCAAAUGGGCCAAGAGCGUCCCGGCCUUCUCCACGCUGCCCUUACCUGACCAGUUGAUCCUGUUAGAAGAUUCCUGGAGGGAGCUCUUUGUCCUGGGCAUUGCACAGUGGGCCAUCCCAGUGGACCCCAACACCCUCCUCGCUGUGUCUGGUCUCAACGCUGAGAACACGGAAUCUCAGCGCCUCAGCAAGAUCAUCUCUGAGAUCCAGGCCCUCCAGGAGGUCGUGACCCGCUUCCGACAGCUGCGUCUGGACGCGACUGAGUUUGCGUGUCUCAAGUGCAUCGUCACCUUCAAAGCAGUGCCCCCCCACAGCGGGUCGGAGCUGAGGACCUUCCGUAAUGCUGCAGCUGUGGCCGCCCUGCAAGACGAGGCGCAGCUCACACUCAACAGCUACAUUCACACCAGGUACCCCACACAGCCCUGUCGUUUCGGGAAGCUGCUCCUGCUCCUGCCUGCCCUGCGAUCCGUCAGCCCGUCCACCAUAGAGGAGGUGUUCUUCAAGAAGACCAUUGGGAACGUUCCCAUCACCAGGCUUCUCUCCGACAUGUACAAAUCCAGUGACAUAUAAAAAAAAAAAAUAAUUAAUAGUAAAGACUCAUGCGCGGAGCUCACCGUGAGCUCGUCCUGAAAAACAAUCACCUAAAGAGAGCCGAGCCGAGACACCCAAAGAACCGUGACCCCGGAUCCAGGCGAAGACGCUGACGACCACGAGGGGACGCUGCGGAAGGACAGCCUGGACCAGCCGAGUCUUAUUUAACGGAAAAUUACCCCAAAACGACCGAUGAAAAAUACUUCCUAAAAGAAACUGUUUAAAGUCAGUAAGAAAUGUGAUUAAGGUGCACUUAUUGUUUACACUUAACGAGUACCUUCUAUUUGACCCUAAAGUGAGCGCGGUCUUCAAGAGCGUACAACCCGUUGGCUGUUUUUGGCGGGAGAAGUUAAUAAAGAGGGUUUCGGAGACCAAUGAGCUUUACGGGCAGCGGCCGUCGGCGCAGCACCACGACAGCAGAGGAAACCAAAAAAACAGGAGGAGCGGCGAGGGGGCAGCGGAGGGAACGGGACGAGUCGCCAUCCUACGUGCGCUGCUGCAACCAAAGGCCACGUGCAUGGCCACGCGAUGACACGCAUCCCCCAGGGACGCCACGGGCCCCCCCCCAGGGCCCCGCAGCAGCACCACCGCGUGUCCUUCAGAGACCUUUGGCUUUUCUUUGGUUGAACUGCUUAUUUGGGAGAAGGAAAUGAAGCUAUGAAGAAACUUUAGGCUGCUGUGGGCAACAUAGAUUUUACAUUUUAAAAGUUACACAUAGGCUUUGACGUUGUGUGUGUGAACG